CUGGGAGCCGUGGUGCCUUCUGGGAGAGAGAAGCGCCUGGAACCACAACUCCCGGCGUGCAGCGCGGCGCGCGCCGGCGCCUGGCGGUGGAAGGAGCCGCGGUGGGGGAGAAAGUGAGGGCAUGAACAGAUGCACCGCAGAUACCCACCAGUCUGAAGAGCAAGGUAUCUUCCUUCCUCCAGCUGUCAAAUCCGUACAUAUCUCGGUGCUGAAGCAGAAUGGGCUCCUGCAGGCUCUGGCAGAGGGAGCCAAUGGGCACACAGAAGCUGAUCCUACUGCAGAGCUGCUGCGAGCCCAGGAAGAAUGGGAGGCCGUGGAAAGUCUCCAGUCAGGGAUCGUGGGGACGUCUGCAGGUCCCAUGCCCCUGAUUGCCUUCAAUGAAGCACUGCAGUAUUUCCAGACAGCUGACCUGUCAGAGUGCAGGAAAAAGAUCCAGCCGACAGUGCAAAGGCGAGGGCUGUCUGCCGUGGCUCACUUCUUCUUCGGCCCCCCACGGCUUCAUCAGCAGCUGCAAGGCGAGCGGGAUCUGGCCCUGGCGAUAGCCCAGUGUGGCUUGGAUAAUAAUGAGAGAGUGCACAUGAGGAUCCUGCAGACCAUCUACAAGAAACUAACAGGCUCCAGAUUCGAUUGUCCCCGCUAUGGAGCCCACUGGGAAGAGCUGGGCUUUCAAGGUAUGGAUCCUGGGACAGACCUGCGUGGGACUGGAUUGCUCGGGUUAAUGCAAAUUCUAUAUUUUGUAAUGGACUCUCGGACGUUACCCCUAGCUCGAGAUGUUUUCAAGCUGUCCCAGCAUGAAUCACAGAAUUUCCCUUUCUGUGUCAUGUCUAUAAACAUCACUCGCAUCGUGAUCCAGGCCCUGAGGGAAGAGCAUCUUUCUCGAGAGUGUAACCGCAGACAGCAGGUCAUUGCAGUGCUGAACGAUUUGUAUGUGGCCAUCUCUCUGCGCCUCUACGUCAUCUGGAAAACACAACAGAAAACAAUUUCUGACUCUGGCUUUGUUCUAAAAGACCUGGAGGCAUUUGCCAAAAAGAAACCGAAGCAGCUUCUGAGAUAUUUGGAGAUCUACAUGAGUGGGAGAGCUGUGUCAGUAAUAGAUGGUGGUUUUCAACAGCCUUCUCCCUCCUACAGUGUAUUCAGUCGCAACCUCAACUCUGCCUUCGGCAACAGCAGCAAAGAGAUAAACUUCACAGGAGUGUGCGACCCACAGGUCGAGAUGGAAGGAGAGGCCCGGCUGAUCUGAAACCAAGGCAACACCGCCGGCUGGGAAGAUUCUUGUAAGACACCGAUAGACGCUCCCGUUGGCAGAUCUCAUUAGUGGCUGCUAGUCCCCUGCCCGUCUUGUGAAGGGCUGGGAGGUCUGAGAUGGUUCUAGAGUAAGUGUAGUAUCCAAGCCGCUCGGCCAGAUGUCGUGGGACACGCCCGGGGGAAGCUGGUGGAGUUUGCAAUGGAGACCUAGACACGCUACUUCAUUGUAGAUGCUGGAAUGGGUGGAAGCAAAUGGUCCCCAUCCGUAGCGGGCUUUUGCCCUGAAUCCACUGAAGUGUGGAUUGACUGGGAGGCCCUUGUACGUACUGGGACUAAAAAGCUGCUUCAGUUCUCAAGGGUUUCAGUUCAUGAGAGGCGUUAAGAAGCCCAAGCUGUUGUUGCUGAACCCUGAGGGAGGUGAGCAAUUGAAGCAAACUGCAGGCCUGUAUUCCCUUCAGCUAGGAUUCUCCUAGGGGGAGUUAGCAAGUGGGUAGCAGAUGCGAAGCUGGCGAGGUGUUUGUUUUAUUCCAGCCAUCGGGCUAGAUGGGCCCAGAGUCUCCGUUGACGACACCCACUGAGAAUGUGGCUCACAGUUUGUAGGGGAUCAUCAGCUUUGAGCACUAGACGUGCUGGAACUGGGGUUGGUCUGUCAGUCUGUCUAUCAUAGGCCAUUGCUGUACCAUCCGAGCACCUCACGAUAUUUAAUGUAUUUAUGCUCACGCCCGCCCCCUCCCCCCCGUCAGGCUGGGCAGUGCUGUUGUCCCUUUCUUACAGAAGGUACCUGAGGCCCAGAGAGACUUGUGACAGGCCCAGGGUCACACAGAAAGUGUGUGGCAGAGCAGGGGAUGGAACCCAGUCUCCAAGGGUGUUGUCCCAAUCACUGCACAGUAAGGUCCAGCUGUAUGUGCCGGUGAGAUGUUCUCCCCUGUAGUGCGUAGUGUAAUGUGAUGGCUGAACAGUUCAAGCCCCCUGCGGCUUGGGCUUCCCUACUCCAGGUUAAUGCCAUUCUUACCGUCCCUGUUUCUCCUUCUGGGCAUCUGCUCAGGAGUCUUCAUCCAGAGUCUCAAUAAAGAAUGAUGAGCUUUACUGAAACUCGGAAUGGGCAAGACCUGUCUGGAUUAGGGCCUGAGAGAGCAAUAGUGAGACGCAGACCCCUGGCUUCCAGCAUUGCCACUGGCUAUCAGUUCAGACACGCCUGACUCUUGAGCAAAGUACAGGAGAGACAUGGUCAUUCAGGUACGUGGCAUCCACCUGGAUAGCUGCGGGUGGAUGCUCCAGCCUACGAGGGUACAUCUGCACUGUGUUGUACACAUGGGUCUGUGGGAGGCAGGCUUUUGGACUCUAUUUUUCUAAGCCCAUGCCUGAGCUUCCACACUGCAUUGUAAACCUGGGUUUACAGUUGCUGGACCUGAGUCUCACAACCGUGCUAAUGCGUCCAUAGUGCAUGACACAGACCACCUGAUUUGGGUCUGCAGCUUGACCUGUGUCCACACUGCACAAUGACAGGGAUUGGAUCUGAAUCACAGUCGGACCACCUCCCUUAGUAGGGUCUGAGGACCUGGGGCCCGAGUGCCUGCUGACCUGAGUCAUACUGAUCUGUGUGUGAACAGAAAGGGGGUUUGGGCUCAAACCAGAGUCAGAUUUUGGGUUUAGCGUGCUUGAGGUAUACACCGCAAUAAAACAUCCACACCUGGCCCAUGUCAGCCGACUCGGGCUGCAGGUUUAUAAAAUUGCUGUGUAGACGUCUGAACGUCUACACUGCAAGUGUAUAGCUCUGCAGCCUGAGUCUCCCGAGCCCAAGCCAGCGGAUGUGAGCCAGCUGCGGGUGUGUUGUUGCCGUGUAGACAUACCUUGAGAGAGUAAGGCAGGGAGAGCUGUCCCCAGGGGCAGCUCCAUGGGAUACAUGGAUGGUAACACUAGAGUUAUGAUUACAAGAGAAUUCCCUGUAUUGUUUGGGCUCGGAAAUUUCCGAAGUUCUUUGGGCCUCUGGUUGGGUCUCAGCUCAAAGGUGAAUAUUUGCUGGAAAGUUUCAGGGAAUUCCUGUUCAGACAUUUUUGAAUGAUUGACAGAGAACAGAUUUGUCAGCUUUACACUUGUCCCUGCCCAAAAAUGCUUGCUCCACAGAAACACCAGAGUUACCAACUCUCGUGAUUUUAUCACGAGUCUUGUGCUAUUUGGUGUUUCCCUUAGGUUACUAUCUCAACUGAUCAGCACGAGUUCAAAGGGAGUUAGGUGCCCAGGUGCUUUUGAAAAUCCCACUAGCUUCCUAUCUUCAUCUCUAGGCACCUGAACGCCUUUUAAAAAUCAGGCCCUUGGAGACUUGCCCAAUGUUUCAGGGGAGUCCAGGGUUUUGAUGUGAUCACAGCCUAUAAGUACCUAUGUGGGGAGAAGAUUUCUGAGAGUAGAAGUCUCUUAAUCUCAUAGACAAAAGCAUGGGAAUAUCCGGUGUCGGGGAGGUACGGUUCCAAUUGGAAAUAAAAUGUAAUUUAUUAACAGUGGAUUAAGAACCAUAGAGGCGGUUAAAUGGAUAAUAAUUAACCAGAGGAACAGUUUCCCAGGGGCCAUGAUACCCUAGGGUCAUAUGUCUUCCUAAAAGUUUUGGGGUGCAAUUCUGGGCGGUGCAGGCACAUGGCUGCAGGCACAGCCCAGGGGUGGGGUGAGGGGAGGGAAAUAGCUCAGUGUCAGCUCUGCAGCCCUACAGUUUUGAGCUGCUCCAGUGGCCAAAAUGGUCUCUGCAUAAGUCACAUCAACCAGCAGUCGCUCGCAUUUGCAGCCCAAGAUCCUGUCAUGCAGAGACCUGCCUUCCUCUUCUCCCCAGCCCUGUUCCCAACAGGCUAGGGAAGGGAGGGCAGCAGCUUAUGGUAGUGCUGCACUGGGGAAGUUCUUCCAUGGCGUGUUACACUGUUGGAGCAGCAGGUAGGGUCCAGACCUGUUGUAGGCUGCAGUUCAACCCCAAGUUGGCACAGCAGGGAAGAAUAGUCCCCUCUGCUGCAGGUGUGGCCAGGUGAGGGUCUCUGGCCAGUGUUCUGUAAGAGGUCCACUGGCUGAUGAGAGGGCUUCCAGCUAGCCUGAACUCUAUGAAAAGGCCAGUUAGAAUAAGCAGCUUAUUGUAGCAGAUGCAUUUUGCAGCAGAGGCAGGGGGAUACAGUGGUCCAGUCUUUGUGAUCCUGCAGGGUGCAGGGCAUGUUGCUUAGGGGAUGCAUCUCCUGAGUGGCAGAGGAAGUAGUUUGCUUUCAUAGUUGCCUUGUGCUUCAUGGAAAUCCAGUGUGUUCCUACUCUACUGAGGCCCCAUCCCUAGAUGGGCCCUUUCCCACUGCCUUUCCAGCUGAAUCUUUGUGCCUCUUUAGCAUAGCACCUAGGCCUAUUGUCUCAUAGCUUUGGCUUGGAAAUCUUUCUGUCUCUGCAGUGCGGUGCAUGCAGAUACGCUCCAUAAAUACAGGUCUCAGUGGCGUGCCACACGAUGUGCCACUACCUUGGGGCCGUGUACAAUAAUGUAACCGGAUAGGCACUUUACAAUAAACCGUUGGUGUACUGUU